AUGGCAGCAAUAGGACAUAGGUCUCCCACCAGAGUACAUCAGAACUGCUAUGAUGGGUCUCCCACCGGGGUUUCCCAUGUUGACUGCGACAGCAAAAGACGUGAAGCUGAAGACCAGAUGGCGGCACAAAAAGUCAACAUGAAAAAUGCUGGUGAGAAACGCUACAUGUGUGGGGAGUGUGGGUACAGGACAGAUCGGAAGACUGACUUUUCCAGACACACGAAAAUCCACACAGGAGAAAAAUCCUACAGGUGUGACGAGUGUGAAUUCCGGACAUCAUGCAAGCCUUACCUAUCGAAACAUAUGAAGACCCAUUCAGAUGAAAAGCCUCACAAGUGUGAUCAGUGUGACUUUUCUUCAGCAUGGAAAGCCAACUUGGAUAACCAUAAAACAAGACACACUGCUGAGAAACCCUACAUGUGUGGGGUUUGUGGGUACAGGACAGCUGUAAUGUAUAGGUUAUCUCGACACAUGAAAGCCCAUACAGGAGAGGCUUACAAGUGUGAUGAGUGCGGGUACAGUACAGUUUACAAGUCUAACUUAAUUGCCCAUAUAAGAACCCAUACAGGAGAAAAACCUUACAGGUGUGACCAGUGUGACUAUUCUGCAGCACAGAAGGCUACUUUGGACCAGCAUCUUUUACAACACCCUGGUAAGAAACCUUACAUUUGCGAAAGGUGUGGCUACGCGGCAGCUAAAAAGUGUCGCCUAUCCGAGCAUAUGAGAAAACAUACAGGGGGAAAACCCUACAAGUGUGACCAGUGUGACUAUGCUGCUACACAGAAAUCCACCUUAGAUUGCCAUAAAGCAAGACACUUGGACCAACAUCUCGCAAAACGCACUGUCUACAAGUGUGACCAGUGCGGGUACAGUACAAUUUACAAGUCUCACCUAUCUGCCCAUAUGAGAACCCAUACUGGUCAAAAGCCUUACAAGUGUGACCAGUGCGACUAUUCUACAGUAACAAAACAACGCUUGAAAUCCCAUCUCAGAAAACAUAGUGGUCUCGACCUCUCUCCCUGAACGUAGUGGUAAACGUGACAAACCUUACAUGUGUGGAGAGUGCGGGCACAGGACAGCUCAAAAGUAUGUAAGGUUUGAGAUAGGACUCGAAGAGCUAUAAGGCGAAAACUGUUGUGUAAGGUACUCAAUUGUUGUUUGCCUUCGCAGAAGGAAUACAUGUUGUUUUUGCAAUGUUACUUCUUCUUCUUCUCCAAACAAGUAAAGUCGAUGACCAUGUCUGUCAUCAUGAUGGUAUUUA